AUGGUCCUCCAGCCCUACUUCAGCCUGCUCUAUCGGUCUCAUGGCAUUGAAGGCCCCAACCUGAGCCACUGGCCUGAGCCCAACUGGACAUCACCACAGGAAUUUGUUAUUCUUGGCUUCUCCGGGUGGCCCCCAGGCCUCCGAAUGCUGCUCUUCUCUCUCCUCCUGCCUCUCUACCUGGCCACCCUGGCAGGGAACCUGCUCAUCCUGGGCUUGGCCCUGGUGGAACCCACCUUACACACCCCCAUGUAUUUCUUCCUGGGUGGGCUGUCUGCGGUGGAGGUGGCCUACACACUGGUACUCACUCCGCGCAUGCUGGCUGGCUUCCUCCUGCCUCCUGGGGGCCAAGCUGUGGCCCCCUCCACCUGUGCAGCCCAGAUGGGCCUCUUUGUGGCUCUGGGUGGCUCCGAGUGCCUGCUGCUGGCUGCCAUGGCCUUGGAUCGCUACCUGGCUAUCUGCCACCCUCUCUAUUACCCGCAGCUCAUGACCACAGGGCUCUGCUGGGGCCUGUUAGCUUCCUGCUGUUUGGGGGGCUCAGUCCUAGCCAUAGGCCUCACCACAGCUAUAUUCCAGCUCCCCUUCUGCCACGGAGGCCUUGUCAAUCAUGUCUUCUGUGACCUCCCGGCUGUGUUGGUGCUGGCCUGCGGGAACCGGAACCUUCAGGAGAAUGUGUUAUUGGUGGCCUGCAUGCUGCUGCUGGUGCUGCCUCUAAUCCUGAUCUUGCUGUCCUACACCAGGGUACUGGUGGUCAUUCUGGGUGUGGGAGAUAGCGCUGGCCGCCGAAAGGCUUUCAACACUGUGGCAUCCCAUCUUACAGUGGCUGUGCUCCACUAUGGCUGUGCCACUGCCAUGUAUGCCAGACCUCUGAGCAGCCGCUCCCUGGAGGAAGAUAAGCUUGUGUCACUCAUCUAUAUCAACCUCACGCCACUGCUGUACCCAGCCAUCUACACACUGCGCAAUCGGGACAUGCAAGGUGCCCUCCAGCGUGUGAUCAGCCAGAGGACACCAGGGGUGGUGCAACAAGCUGAUCUUGUCUAA